AGGCCAGACCUAGAGAGCCCAGAGGCGGAGCGAGAGAAGCAAGGGACGGGCCUCCCCAGGGAGGACUCCUGGAAACUCUAGGGACCAAAGUGGAGACACAGGGUGGCUAGAGGCGAGAGAGGUGACCACAGCCUGGGCCUGGCUGGGUGACACUGUUGCUGCCCAGUCCCCGGGAACACUGGUGGCCAUGGCCGCGGCCCAGCAACUGCGGGCUGAGAGCGACUUUGAGCAGCUUCCCGAUGAUGUCGCCGUCUCUGCCAACAUCGCCGACAUCGAGGAGAAGAGGGGCUUCACCAGCUAUUUUGUUUUUGUCAUCGAGGUGAAGACGAAGGGCGGAUUCAAGUACCUCAUCUACCGCCGCUACAGCCAGUUCUACGCCUUGCACAGCAAGCUGGAGGAGCGCUUUGGGCCGGAGAGCAAGGCCAGCCCGUUCACCUGCACUCUGCCCACACUUCCCGCCAAAGUGUACGUGGGCGUAAAACAGGAGAUCGCUGAGAUGCGGAUUCCUGCCCUCAACGCCUACAUGAAGAGCCUCCUCAGCCUGCCCAUCUGGGUGCUGAUGGAUGAGGACGUCCGGAUCUUCUUCUACCAGUCACCCUAUGACACGGAGCAGGUGCCCCAGGCACUGCGCCGGCUCCGGCCACGCACCCGGAAAAUCAAGAACGAGGUCCCGCAAGGCGCCAUCUUGGACCGCAUGGCAGCUCCGCGCGCAGAGGCCCUGUUUGACUUCACUGGGAACAGCAAACUGGAGCUGAAUUUCAAAGCUGGAGACGUGAUCAUCCUUCUCAGUCGGAUCAAUAAAGACUGGCUGGAGGGCACUGCCCGGGGAGCCACGGGCAUCUUCCCACAGUCGUUCGUGAAGAUCCUCAAGGACUUCCCCGAGGAAGACGACCCCACCAACUGGCUCCGCUGCUAUUACUAUGAGGACACCAUCAGCACCACCAAGGACAUCGCGGUGGAGGAAGACCUCAGCAGCACUCCGCGAUUCAAGGACCUGCUGCAGCUCAUGAGGCGGGAGUUCCAGAGGGAGGACAUCGCCCUAAAUUACCGGGAUGCCGAGGGGGAUCUGGUCCGGCUGCUGUCAGAUGAGGAUGUGGCACUCAUGGUGAGGCAGGCUCAAGGUCUCCCCUCCCAGAAGCGCCUCUUUUCCUGGAAGCUGCAUGUCACCCAGAAGGAUGACUACAAGGUGUACAACACUGUCCCCUGAGCUGAUGGGGACUAAAUAAAUGAACGAAUGAAUGAAUGAAUGAAUGAAUAUAUGAAUGAAUAAACAUUAUACAUAAAUAAAA